GCGGCACCUCCGGGGAAAGGAAGGUUGCAACAGCAGACUGACAGCGAGUGCUGGCAUGAGCACACUGGAAUAAGUUCUGCAGUGAUGUCUUGGCUUAGAGGUACCAGGGCAUCCUCGAAUCUGCACAAAAUACCGGCACGAUGCGGGCAGUUGCUGUGUGUGAUGAAAAUGCGGCGGCACAGGGUGUUCUUGCUGUGCACGGUGGGCCUGUGUGUCAUCUCCUUCCUCCACUACUACAAGGCCCUCCAUUACGUCUCCCUGCUGCGGGAGCUCUCGGCUCCAUACCCCAACAUCAAGUCCUUCAUCAUGGUGACCGGCUUCUUCUGGAGGGAGAAGGGUAUGGCCACCACUCCGCUCAGCCCGGCUUCUCCUGAAGAGGCUCCCCUCUACCCGGUCUCCGGCAGUCAGUGCCAAAGCCAGAGGCGUGCCAGGUCUCGGGGAGGAGGGGAAGGAUUUGGCCCAGGGAUCCCGGAGGCCAUAGCUGGAGGUGGAGAUGAGGAGAUGAGACAGCGGGAGGAGCCAGCACCACCGCAUCCCUGGGAGAAACCAAAGGAAAACCAGCUGGGAGAUGCAGCAAAUGAGAUUAGAGCUGAGGACCACUUAAAGCCGUGGAAUCCCGCCCACCCUGCACAGCCCGAGAGGCUAGACCUUCCACAGAAACCAGCAAGAAUAGAGCAUCAAUUCAGUGAUCCCAUAGAAUCCAUGGGAGACCUCCAUACUCGCACUUUCCAGCUUCAAGAUGACAAAACCCCUUACUUUGUCCGUACCAAAGCUGGAGCCCUUUGCUUCAGGCAGGGGACAGAGGUAGCUACCCCUAAAGAGUACUCUGGAAAAUCAGGGGGGUCUGCGGCUAACGGAGCAGUUGGUCGGGCUGUUGCUGCUGGGCAACGGAAACCUCUGGAGCUCCAGCAGCAGCCAACCAUAGUGCCAAAGGUCAAAGCUCGGUCCAAGGGCAACGGGAAGCGGCUGGUCAAGUGCGUUUGUCGGCCGGGGUGGCACGGACCUUACUGCGGGGUUCCCACAAUGGUGUACCACUCCAAUCUGCCCACUAAGGAGCGGCUGACGCCCAGAGAAACCCCGCGGAGGGUGAUCAACGCCAUCAACGUCAACCACGAGUUUGAUCUGCUGCACGCACGCUUUCAUGAGCUCUCAGAGGCCGUGGAUUUGUUCCUCGUGUGCGAAUCGAACUUCACCGCCUACGGGGAGAAACGGCCUCUCAGUUUCCUGCGGCUCCUUCUAAACGGUACCUAUGACUACAUACGUCACAAGAUCCUGUACGUGUUCCUCAACCACUUUCCGGAUGGAGGUCGGCAGGACGGCUGGAUCGCCGAUGACUACCUGCGUACCUUCCUGACGCACAAUGGCAUGUCCAGGGUGGUCGGUGCGCGAUCAGACGACGUUUUCGUCAUCAACGAUGCCGACGAAAUCCCAGCACACGAGGGACUACUUUUCCUCAAGCUGUUCGACGGGUGGACAGAGCCUUUCGCCAUCCACAUGCGCAAGUCGUUGUAUGGCUUUUUCUGGAAGCAGUUCGGGUCCCUAGAGGUGGUGUCGGGCUGCACGUUGAGGAUGCUGCGCGACGUGUACGACGGCGACGGCAUCAAACUGCGUCGUCGCGAAUAUUACACCAUGCCGGGUUUCCGCAAAUACGAGAACGACACCGGCCACAUCCUGGUGCAGUGGUCGGUGGGAAGCCCCUUCCACUUCGCAGGGUGGCACUGCUCCUGGUGCUUCACGCCCGAGGGGAUCUACUUUAAGCUGGUGUCUGCGCAGAACGGAGACUUCCCGCGGUGGGGCGACUACGAGGACAAACGCGACCUCAACUACAUCCGCGAUCUCAUCCGGACUGGCGGCUGGUUCGACGGCUCGCUGCAGGAGUAUCCCCCAGUGGACCCCAAAGAGCACAUGUACGCCCCCAAGUACAUGCUGGAGAACUACGACAGGUACCGCUACCUCUUGGAGAACCCUUACAGAAAAGAGUCCAGAGCGAAUGAAGGCUAGGUGUCAGGUGGCCAAAAAAAUAAAAAUAAAAAAACA